AUGAAGCGAAUCAGCAGAGGCCGUCACAACCUGAAAGGCAGAGAUUCCAUUACUCUUCUCAGGGAUCUGGAUCAGCCUUUCAUCUUUGAUAUCCGCACUCGCCGCGGGGAGUAUCGGUUCGAAUUCUACGACACUUCCAGUCCAGAAAGCUGGAGACUUCUUCGGCCCGACCUAGUCAUCCUCUGCUAUGACAUCAGCCAGAGGCUCAGUUUGAUCAACCUCCAAAGAGUGUGGAACAAAGAGGCUCGGACAGCGGGCGUAACCGGUGACAACACUCCGGUGCUUAUGCUGGGCCUCAAGCGAGAUCUGCGAUCCGAGAAUGAUCCCAACGGUAUCAUCUACCCACAGGAGGCAUAUCGCAUUGCGCAAGAGAUGAGGUCAGACAAGUACAUGGAAUGCUCUGCGGUGACUGGCGAGCUGCUGGAAGAGGUGUUCGACGAUAUAUGUACAACGGCGCUGCGGACGACAACUCCCGAGGGCGGGCAAAGCGAAGGAGGAUGCGCAAUCAUGUAA